AUGGAUGGAUUUGGUGAUUUGGCUGAUUUCGAUCCCAUGGAUGGAUUGGAUGACAUGAAUGAAUAUGACUCCGACAAUAUGGACAUCAUGGGCAUUCGGGCCAAGUACAACAACAUUGCUGGAUUCGAUAUCAUGGCUGAAUCUGACUUGGAUCAGUUCGAAGACAUGGAUGUCUCCGAUCGUAUGGAAGUAUCUGAGUUUGGAUCUGACACCACGGAGGAAUCUGAUGAUGAUGAAUCCUCUGCAGGCCACCCCUUUACUCACAGGAAGGUCACUGGUAUGGACGAAAUCAAUGAACUGAUCAAUGAUCUUGAAGCCGAUGGAACAGAGGCGCAAGAAGAAAUAACUUCCUUUAUUGUUUUCUUCGAUACUAUUGACCUGAGAGAGAAGAGUCCACGAGGAGACAAGAUCGCCGAGCUCUUGCAACUAACCCCAAAAGUUUGCGAUCUCACAUUAAAGUUUUCAUGUUACCUCGAUAGCCCUGAUAAGUGCUUUGGUGAGAAGCUUAUGUCCGCUUUAUGCUCUUUGGAUAUUGAAACAUUUGCCCAUCGUGCAAUGAACCCAACACUUCCCACCAAUUUGAGACUUGGCAGAAACAAAUCACCACGAACUAACUUUGGUCAACGAAAUUUGUUAAAAUUAGUGGCAUCUUGGCCCAACCUCCAUACUUUACAUAUUGAAGGAGAUACAAAUGGUCCACCAUAUGGUGAAGAGUUACCCCCCGUAACUUGUGCUAUCAGGUUCGUUACAUUCGAGAAUUUGACCGGCAACUACGGUUUCAUAUCUCGCAUAUUUGCUGGGUCUGCGCAAAGUCUUCUGGGGUUUGAGGCUUGGACUCUCAGUAUUGAUGAACACUUUCACCCGCUGGACCCUCGUCUCCGACCAAUUCUCCCUUCUAUUCAAUCACUCGACAUUUCAGAUUACAAUCAUCCUUCAGACAGAUUCCUCAGACACGAACUUCCAAGUGCGCAUCAUCGCUGUAACCUCAGACUGAGAGGACACAAUAAAAGACUCAACAAGGUGAUGAGAGCAAUGUUCCAGAAGUUAAUGAAAACAAGAGAAUGGAGGCGUACAUCGCUACGAAAGGUCAUGUCUCACAAACAUAAGAAAACGUAA